UUAAAACUAAAAAGGCUUGACAUAUUUCACUUUAUGUGUAAUGAAUCUAGAAUAUAUGAAAGUUCUACUUUUUGAAUCAAAUUACGAGGGAAAAAAAAAAAACUUUUCCACGAGAUUCGGACUUUUUGAGGUGCACCUGUAGAGUUUAAACAAAAAGCGUAAUUGUAUUUGGGUUGAUGUGAAAUCGCAAUUACGGGCGCUUUACGCACUCCUGGCAACCCUGUCUGUAACCCUGUGCUGGGUAGAUAGGCUGAACUUUUAGGCUCAGCGCGUGCAACUCGGUAACUUCGUUUCGGUUUGUCCCGCGAAUAAAUCACAGGGCAGUCGCUUGAUUGAGAACCAUGGCGGAAGAUUGUGUGAACGGCGGAAAAGCUACAUUUGACAAACCCAAGGUAUAAUAUAUCCACAAUCCCAGUUACAAGACACGUUUGAAACGUACAAAAUAUAUAAGGUGAGCACAUCAGCGACAUACUAUUUCCUCGUAGGUGUAAGGUGUACGGUAUGACGUAGGCAACAAUUUACAGUUUGUUGCAAAGUCCUAAUCCAUUCUCAAGUCUGCAGCUCUGAAGUCUGUCAGCCUUUAAAUCUAACAUUUAAGUCCAUAAGCUCAAAUCCAGUCCUGAAAGGGAUCCCUGGGGUCCGCUCCCACCCACCCAUUUAUGGGGGAUGGUGAGUGCCUUAAUGUACUGCAUUAGGUUUUUGAUCCCAACCGAAUAGGUCCUGUAGUUUGAGUAGCAUUAUUAAAUGUUAAACAGAGACACCAGUAUAAGUUAUGUAGCCACAAAAAAUAAGUCAAUUCCUCUAAUUAUUAUUUACAGACCCCCAGGGCCAUAUACUGAAUUUCUUAGUGAAUUUGCAGACUUUGUCUCAAACCUGGUUGUGUCUGUAGAUAAAGCAUUAAUCGUCGGAGACUUUAAUAUUCAUUUUGAUAACCUGGAAGACCCUCUAAGAUUAGCGGUUGUGUCCGUCUUAGAUUCAGUAGGGAUUAAUCAGAACGUAAUCGGGCCUACUCAUAAUGGUGGUCACACUCUUGACCUCAUACUAACAUACGGACUAAGUAUAGAAAAUAUUAUCAUUCUUCCGCAGUCUGAAGUUGUCUCAGACCAUUAUCUUAUCUCGUUCAUAAUACGAAUUGAUCAUAAUAUUUCCACCUCGCCUCGCUACCGCGUAAAACGUACCUACACAUCAGCUACUGCACCGAGCUUCAUAAAUAACCUCGCAGAAACAUCAAUUAGAUUUGGAUCACCGUCAGAUCACAUAGAACUCGAUCAGGCGACUGAAAGCUUGGAGUCAACACUCCACUACACGCUAGAUAGAGUGGCUCCACUCAAAAGGAAAAUAAUUAGAGAAAAAAAAUUAGCACCCUGGUAUAACGAUCAAACGCGAACCUUAAAACAGACAACUCGACAAUUAGAACGUAAAUGGCGUCAAACCAAACUGGUGAUAUUUCAAACAGCAUGGAAGGAGAACCUACUGAAAUAUAGGAAAUCUCUUGGCGAUGCUAGAAAAAUCUAUUUCUCCGCCUUAAUAGGAGACAACAAAAACAAUUCUAGAUUCCUUUUCAACACAGUAGCAAAAUUAACUAGGAAUAAAACCACUACAGAGAGAAACACUCAAUCAUUACAUAGCAGUGAAGAUUUCAUGAAAUUUUUCAUUGAUAAGGUUGAAAAUAUUAGACGUGAAAUACAGGCCAUUAAAUUAAAACCGGACAGUACUGUAACAAACCCAUUACAGGACAAUGUAGCAAUAUCAGAUCAAUGUUUAGAGUAUUUUGCUUCGCUUAGAGAGACCGAACUAGCUACAUUAAUCUCUUCAGCCAAUUCAUCAACUUGCAUACUAGAUCCCGUACCUACAUGUUUGUUUAAACAGAUUUGUCCAGGAGUAAUUGAACCACUUCUAAAUAUAAUCAAUUCUUCCCUAAGCACUGGCUAUGUACCUAAAUCACUUAAAUUAGCAGUUAUUAAACCCUUGAUUAAAAAACCUGAUCUUGACCCGUCUCAAUUGUCCAGCUAUAGACCAAUAUCAAAUCUCCCCUUCAUCUCUAAGAUUUUAGAAAAGGUUGUAGCAAAGCAGUUAUGCUCGUACUUAGAUAGGAAUAACAUUCAUGAAAUGUAUCAGUCAGGGUUUAGACCUCAUCAUAGCACAGAGACAGCAUUAGUUAAAGUAGUAAAUGACCUUCUACUGACCUACGAUCAGGGUUGUGUCUCUCUGCUUGUGUUACUCGACCUUAGUGCAGCUUUUGAUACUAUAGAUCACACUAUUCUCCUUGAUAGAUUAGAAAAUGUUGUUGGCAUUAAGGGAACAGUCCUCUCCUGGCUCAGGUCUUAUCUGACCGAUCGUUAUCAGUUCGUAGAUGUAAAUGGUGAAUUCUCCAUGCGUACUGAGGUUACUUUUGGAGUUCCACAGGGUUCUGUUUUAGGCCCACUGCUCUUUACUUUAUAUAUGCUACCCCUAGGUCAAAUUAUUCGUAAACAUGGAAUUAGCUUCCACUGUUAUGCUGAUGAUACACAGUUGUAUGUUUCAGCGAGGCCAGAGGACAGACAGAAGCUUAGUAAAGCUGAGGAUUGUGUAAAGGACAUUAGACAUUGGAUGUUAACUAACUUCCUUCUACUUAAUUCUGAUAAAACAGAAAUACUUUUAUUAGGCCCACGUGUAGCUAGAAGUAAUCUUUCUGAUCACAUGGUUACUCUGGAUGGUCUUUCUGUUUCAUCAUGUGCAGCAGUUAAAGACCUUGGAGUGAUUAUUGACUCCAGCCUAUCAUUUGAUGCUCAUGUAGAUAAUAUUACUAGGAUAGCCUUCUUUCAUCUCAGAAAUAUUUCUAAAAUAAGAAACAUAUUGUCACUACAUGAUGCGGAAAUACUAGUUCAUGCAUUCGUCACCUCUAGAUUAGAUUACUGUAAUGCCUUACUGUCUGGAUGUUCCAGUAGGAAUAUAAAUAAGCUCCAGUUAGUCCAGAAUGCAGCUGCUAGAGUCCUAACUAGAACUAGAAGGUACGACCAUAUCACACUGAUAUUAUCAAUACUGCAUUGGCUCCCAGUAAAAUCUCGCAUUAACUAUAAAAUACUUUUAUUAACCUAUAAAGCACUAAAUGGUCUCGCGCCACAAUAUCUAAGCGACCUUUUGGUUUUAUAUAAUCCGCCACGACUACUUAGAUCAAAAGAUGCAGGCUAUUUGACGGUACCUCGAAUAGUGAAGGCUACAGCAGGGGGAAGAGCUUUCUCUUAUAGAGCCCCACAGUUAUGGAACAGUCUUCCUAUUAGUGUUCGGGACUCAGACACAGUCUCAGUGUUUAAGUCUAGGCUUAAAACGUAUUUGUUUACUCAAGCCUACCCUGACUAGAUUCUGUUCUACUACUUCGCAGUCAUAAUUAUCUUUUUUCUCCCUCUCUCUUUUC